AUGGUAGCAGUAAGUGAUUACAAACAUAUUGGAAUGGGACUAACAGGCUUUGGAGUGUUCUUCCUUUUCUUUGGAAUGAUACUCUUCUUUGACAAAGCUCUUUUGGCUAUUGGAAAUGUUUUAUUUGUGGCUGGCUUGUCUUUUGUUAUUGGUUUAGAAAGAACAUUUAGAUUCUUCUUUCAAAAACACAAAAUGAAAGCAACAGGCUUUUUCCUGGGUGGUGUACUCAUAGUUCUCAUUGGUUGGCCUCUCAUAGGAAUGAUCCUGGAAAUUUAUGGGUUCUUUCUAUUAUUCAGGGGGUUCUUUCCUGUGGUGGUUGGCUUUAUUAGAAGAGUUCCGGUUCUUGGGUAUCUCUUGAAUUUACCUGGUAUAAGCUCGCUUGUAGAUAAAGUUGGAGAAAGCAACAACAUGGUAUAAUGACAAGAAGAGUGGAAGACUGAUCUAAACUUACUGUAUUAUUUAUAAAAUCCUUUUGAAGAAUACUCAGCACAAAGAUUAUGUUGUGUACAGAGGAAAAGCUUGUUACAUUCUUUACAUAACAGUUUAAAUUAAAAUGUAUAGUCAACAAUAUACAUUAGAAAAGAAGCUCAGCAAGUAUGCUUCUAGGAAAGUAACUGCAGAGUUCAGGAAGCAAACUGAAGAGGUGAAAGUUACGGAAUAACCCAUGUUACAACUGUUCAAGACUUUUGUUUUUGGAAAAACUAGAGGCAAUGAACCCUUGUGGAAUGAACAGUGUCUGUACUUUACCUCCUUAUUUUGAAGGUGCAGUAGAGAAAACAGGCCUACAUUUUUAAGGGUGAUCCAAACGUAUCCAACCCUCUGCUUGCUAUCCUCAGAGUGGGGGGGGGGGAGCAAACAACAACAACAAAAAAAACAACAAAAAAGCCAAACCUAAAACUUCUUGUGUAACAAGAGAUGCGUCUUUGCAUGAAGGUUAAGAUGACUAUUCAUCUUUAAGUGUAUUAUGACAAAAAAAAAGGAAACCCUACACGGUUCUGUUGUAAGCAUUUUUGUAAAUAUGUGGCUGAAAUAAAACAUUGUUAUCUUAAUGUUUCAAAGCCAAAUGUGAGUUGAUUGUAUUUGCCUUCCAUUUUGGAAUAUGCAAAAUGUCA